CCAAAACGGAUAAGCCCACGUGCCAUGGAUAAGAUGUGGAAUGGCCACUCAACCAUAACAUAGACACCAUGAUUGUCAACGCGAUGGCAUCACACUCAGCUACCAUAGCGACUCUCCCAUCAGCACUCCCCAGCUUGAUCCAGAACAUCAGCAGCCUCAACCAGAGCAACAACGUCACGUCUCUUGAGAACCUGAACCCGCAUUGGACGGACCUGUUGCUGAUCAUCGUCAAAGGCUUCAUCUUCGCCACGAUCAUCGCCGGCGCCAUUCUGGGCAACGCCUUAGUGAUCAUCAGUGUGCACAGACAUCGCAAGCUCAGAGUGAUCACUAAUUACUAUGUGGUGAGCUUGGCAAUGGCUGAUAUGCUGGUGGCGCUGUGCGCGAUGACUUUCAACGCCAGCGUCGAACUGACCGGGCACUGGCUGUUUGGCAGCUUCAUGUGCGACGUUUGGAACAGCUUCGACGUGUACUUUUCCACCGCCAGCAUCCUGCAUCUCUGCUGCAUCAGUGUGGAUCGCUACUAUGCGAUAGUGCGCCCCUUGGAGUACCCGAUCACCAUGACCCAUCGGACUGUCUGCUUCAUGUUGGCCAACGUGUGGCUGCUGCCCGCGCUGAUCAGCUUCAUGCCCAUCUUCCUCGGCUGGUACACCACUGACGACCACCUGCUCUACGCCAGCGCCCAUCCGGACGUCUGCAUGUUCGUCGUCAACAAGUACUACGCAAUCAUUUCCAGUUCGAUCAGCUUCUGGAUACCGGGCACCCUGAUGGUGACGAUGUACUUUCGCAUCUACAAGGAAGCCAUCCGGCAGAGGAAGGCGCUGUCGCGCACCUCCUCCAACAUCAUCCUCAACUCGAUCCACCAACAUCGAACAUCCUACCGCGAACGCUACAGUGAUCGGUAUAGUGAACAGUAUCUCCAUCCAGAGGUGGAGCUCACGGUGGGAGAAAUCAAUGGCGCGAGGAGAAGCACGAGCUCGGGAUCAGCAGUGUCGUACGGCACCACCAUUACGGAGUUCAACACUUUGAUGAAUACGCGGGAUUGCAGCAAAGCGGCCACCGAACUCAACCUAAAUGGUAAGUGA